ACGGAAAAAUGGUAAACAGCUGAUUGUCAAAGUAAUAAACAAAAAUCAUGAUCGAAAUUAGUGGAAUUGAAACCUUUUGUGAGUGUAAAGCACAUUCAAGCCCAGUGCAAAUUGACAAAAUAAAUUGCAAUGACCUUACGUACGACGUGUUCCACCAGAAGUACAUGCAUCAGAAUGUUCCACUUGUCAUCGAAUCCGUUCCACAGAAAUGGAAAUCCAUGCAAACAUGGAUCAAAUCAGAUGGAAUCGACUUUGACCAUUUAAGGGAAACCCUACCAAACCAUAAAGUGCCGAUAGCCGAUUGUAGUAAGCAACAUUUAAAUUCACACGAAAAAUUCGAAAUGAAUCUUCACGACUUCUUGGACUAUUGGUCGACUGAACCUAAUUGCGACAACAAAUUGUGGUAUCUGAAAGACUGGCAUCUGAGGAAAGGGCAACCUUCCUAUGACUUCUACAACAUACCCCAAUACUUCGCAUCAGAUUGGCUCAACGAAUACCUCCACGGCAGCGAACAGGACGAUUAUAAGUUUGUUUAUAUGGGACCGAAAGGGACAUGGACACCGUUUCAUGUGGAUGUGUUUCAGUCAUUCAGCUGGUCAACGAACAUCUUCGGAAUCAAAAAAUGGAUUUUGGUGCAUCCGAAUGAAGAACGAAAGCUGCUGGACAAUUUGAACAACCUUCCGUUUGCCAUAACCGAGGAAAUGUUGCAGAAAACCGGCUGUGCGUACAUUUGUUUGCUGCAAAAAGCCGGCGACACGAUAUUCGUUCCAUCCGGCUGGUAUCAUCAAGUCCACAACAUCGAAGACACCAUUUCGAUCAAUCACAAUUUCUUUAACGGAUGCAAUGUGUUGCAUGUGUGGUCAGCGUUGCAAGAAAAUUACCAGAAAGUAGUGAUAGAAAUCAGUGAUUGCCGUGACAUGGACAACUUUGAAGGCCACUGUCAAAUCAUGUUGAAAGCGUUGCAUGGCAUGAAUUUCGAAGACUUUUUCGAUCUGCUGAAAGUCAUUGUCGAUAAUCGAAUUCAGCGGCAUAGGAGAACAGGAGAUCAGUUGCCGAUAAAUGAAUUUGCGAUCGGUGAAAACCUAUGCCUUUUCGACCUAAAGUCGUGUCUCUCCGUGUUGGAUAAAGUGGAACGCAGCCACAAAGAGCUAAAUUUCGGUGUUGAAAUAUGGGAUGCGUGUAAUCAACUUAGCUCAGCAAUAAAUGAAGAGUUAAAGAACUACAUCGACUAA